AUGGCCGAGCCCCGAGAGGGGUGGGGGCAGAGCGGGCGGCCGCAGGUGCGGCUGCUGCCGGGCAGCCUGGACAGCUGUGGCUCCCGCCGCCGAGCGCUGCCACCGGGGACCGUCCCGUGGGGGUUCGGGGCAGCCUGGCAGGCGGCCCUGUCUCAGCUCGGGCCCCCAGAAGGCAAGGGGGUUCCCCGGCCCUACGUCUCCACGCUCCGGCCAGGGCCAGUGGCCGGCGUGUCCUCCUGUGGCACCGCCAGACCCCCAGACCUGACGCCCAGCGUCUCGGCCACGACAGGGGGUCUGGGAGCCAAGGCCUUCCCUGAGGACACGCCUCCGGCCGACGACUACCGGGUGAACAUCUUCCUGCGGCAGCAGUGGAACGACCCCCGGCUGGCCUACAACGAGUACCCCGACGACUCCCUGGACCUGGACCCUUCCAUGCUGGACUCCAUCUGGAAGCCCGACCUGUUCUUCGCCAAUGAGAAGGGGGCCCACUUCCACGAGAUCACCACCGACAACAAGCUGCUGCGCAUCUCGCGCAAUGGCAACGUCCUCUACUCUUCCAGGAUCACCCUGACCCUUGCCUGCCCCAUGGACCUGAAGAACUUCCCCAUGGACGUGCAGACGUGCAUCAUGCAGCUGGAGAGCUUCGGCUACACCAUGAACGACCUCAUCUUCGAGUGGCAGGAGCAGGGGGCCGUGCAGGUGGCCGAUGGGCUGACGCUGCCCCAGUUCAUCCUGAAGGAGGAGAAGGACUUGAGAUACUGCACCAAGCACUACAACACAGGAAAAUUCACCUGCAUCGAGGCCCGCUUCCACCUGGAGCGGCAGAUGGGCUACUACCUGAUCCAGAUGUACAUCCCCAGCCUGCUCAUCGUCAUCCUCUCCUGGAUCUCCUUCUGGAUCAACAUGGACGCGGCGCCGGCCCGCGUGGGCCUGGGCAUCACCACCGUGCUCACCAUGACCACCCAGAGCUCGGGGUCCCGCGCCUCGCUGCCCAAGGUGUCCUACGUGAAGGCCAUCGACAUCUGGAUGGCCGUGUGCCUGCUCUUCGUGUUCUCCGCGCUGCUGGAGUACGCGGCGGUCAACUUCGUGUCCCGGCAGCACAAGGAGCUGCUGCGCUUCCGGCGGAAGCGCCGGCACCACAAGGUGGGUCUGCGGGGGCGGGGGCGCCAGCGAGCGGCCUGGGGCAGCCCCCCAGGGGCCGGGGUCCCCCGAGCGCCCCCAGGCCCGGCCUUCCCGCAGCUGAGUGGGCCAGGCUCCAGCGCCCCGCGGCCCCAGGGGCCUCUCAGCUGUGAGGGUCUGAGCAGGGCAUGA